CCAUCUUAAAAUAGCCCAGUGCACUGAGCUACAACACCAGACAGACUGCUCUCACUCUCAGUGGUGAGACAGAGUUUGUAAAAGCUUUGAGAAUUCUACUGGAUUACAUGUUAAAGAUUCCAAACAUUUCUACUACAAAGGCGAACUCUGAAGACUCAAGAUGCCAAAAAUUGUCCGACCGGAAAACUGUCAACCUGCAAAAACAGUGUGGUUUGACCGCAAAAAGUAUGUUACUGUGAACUUCCUGGUUCAAAAACCCACCAACGUUCAGGUGGACAUCCAGGAAACCAAAAUUAUCCUAAGCUGCAAAGACGACGAUGACAAUAACAUCUACAACGAGAUCGAAUUUUAUGAUCGAGUGCAAAAAAAUGAUUCCAGGGAGAAGGUUUAUGACCGCACAAUUAAUGUUCUUAUAAGGAAAAUUAAGGAAAAUGUAGCCUGGCCUCGUCUCAAUAAAGGCACAGAUAAGCCAGCCUGGCUAUCAGUAGACUUUGAUAACUGGAGGGACUGGGAGCACGAGGAGGAAGACGGCCAGGCCGAGUUUGAACAGUACAUGGAUAUGCUGUCUGAAAUGAAACAAAAAGGGGAGCCCCCCAGUAUGGAUGACCUUGAGUUUGAUAGUGACUGAGAGACUCCAUCAUCCUAAGAUUGUUUUUCAUUCUCCAAAAGGCUCUGGAAAAUAGUUCAUUGAACGUACAUGUAUAACAUACAGCCAGGAAUAAAACACUUAAAUGAUGUGCUGUUAUUGAAAAGGAAUGUUAUGACCACCCCAAAAUUGAUUCUUUUUUUAAAUAACAGCAUGUAUUAUUUCUCCUAUACCACAGCAUUAAGCAUUUAACAUUGAUUAAACUUCACAUACUCUUUUUAAUCCAUUUAUAGUUGCUUUUAAUAUAAUGUGACUACAUCCAUUUACCAGCAUCCCAAUAUUUUGUAUAUUAAAGUACACUAUAUGAGCAAAAGUAUUGGAACACAUGACUUAUUCAGCCAUAACUGUUUCUUCUGCAAACUGUUACCAUAGAGUUGGAAGCACACAUUUGUAUGGAAUGUCUUUGGAUUGGUUAGCAUAAAAUAUUCCCUUCACUUAAAGUAGAUGACCCAAACGUGUUUCACCAUGACAAUGUCCCUGUGCACAAAGCUCCAGCUCCAUGAAGAUAUACUUUCCAUGGUUUUUAGUGGAAGAUCUUAAGUGGCCUGCUAUAAAACUCUGGCCUCAACCCUAUUUAACAACUUUGGGAUGAAUUAGAACGCUAACUGCACCCCAGGGCUCCUCUGCCUCGAUCAGUACCUGAUUUACCAACACUAUUGUUUCUGAAUGAGCACAAAUCUCCUCAAACACACUCCAAAAUCUAGUGGAACUAGUGAAAUGAGAUGUUCAAAAAGCACAUAUAAAUCCUAUGGUCAGGUGUUCACAAACUUUUGUCUAUAUAGUGUAACUAAGACAAUAACACAGCAUAAAGUUAUAAAGGCAGGCAUAAAGUUUCACAGCUUUACUUUUGACAAUAAAGUUCAAAAUGCAAAUUCUGCUGUACACUGUUACAUAAACUGAUUCAACAAUGCUGUGGUAUAAUUUGUAGUUCUUUGGGAGGUUAAUAAUAAUUAAACACUUUUGUUCAUA